GGUAUGCAAAAUAAAGCAUGCAUAAUUUUGUAAUUAGUUUGGCCUUGGCAACAAGAGGCCACCUUAGUGGUGAAGACAAGGAGGCCUUGAUGUGAUGAGGACCCAGAGAUGCUUGUGCCUGUUACUGGCAGAUGGCUGGGCUUCCCUAGGCCACCUCAUGAAGAGCCCACUGUUAGCCACUUGUCAUUGUAGACCUUGAUUCGACUGCAGGCUCCAGAGCCCUGCCUCUGACAUGGGCAACGUCAUAACUGACACAGCCAUAUCCCUGUUGGAGAGACUUUGGGCUCCUGGUCGAUCAUCCACGGAGCAUAUUGAUUUUUCAAAGUGCUUUAGUCUUUGGCCUCGUAACAGCUGGGGGAGGCAGGCUGUGGACACCCUCCCUUUUGAAGGCUGUGCCAUAAUUUCAAGGCAGAGGGCGAGAUGUGAUCCCAGGCCCCAGGCUGACUAGCGCUGAAUCGUGGCGCCGUUUUGGAGGGAAAUGACUGCCUCUUUCUUUUGCUGCAAAGAAGGGAGCCGUGAUGUGGAGAGGGCAGCUUCAGCCUGAGUGAAGGAAGUCAUAUGCAGGAGUAAUGGAAGGAAGCACCCGUUUACUAUGCACAAUGACAGGUUUAUGAUGGUUCUCUAAAAGCCAAAGAGCUCUUUGUAAACCGUCGGAUCCUUGCCCCUCUUGGCGUUCCUGGGAAGAAGGAUGUGUGGACGCUGGGCUGAUUUGGAAAGGGAAGAGACUCCAAGAUUUCCUUCAGAAUCUGGAAGCAAGGAUGAGAACAGGAGCCCGUCAAAAGACGUAGAAGCAAGUUCUGAAGUGCUUUCCGGGUUGGAACUUGGACUUCCCUGCCAUCCUCUUCCUGCCUGGACUCCCGAUGAAAGGCUGGGAGUUGGGUUUUUGCUUUCCAGACCUGGAGAUGUUCUUUUGCUGGGAGUACAGGAAGAAGAAGCAGCAGCAGCCCAUGGCCCACAGGAAAGUAGUUUUUGGGCAACAGCUGGUGGAGACCAUGGUGUAUGAGCAGAAAUUUGGGCAGCAUCAGGUCCCCAUCCUGGUUGAGAAAUGUGCCGAGUUCAUCAGGAAGCACGGCCUGAACGAAGAGGGCAUCUUCCGACUUCCUGGCCAGGACAACCUGGUGAAAGAGCUGCGGGAUGCCUUUGACGCAGGAGAGAGGCCGUCCUUUGACCAAGACACAGACGUGCACACGGUGGCUUCUCUGCUUAAACUCUACCUCAGGGAACUCCCUGAGCCUGCCAUUCCUUGGACACAGUAUGAGGACUUCCUCUUGUGCGGCCAGCUCAUGACGGCUGAUCAGGCAAAGGGUCAUCAACAGCUAGUGAAGCAGCUCUCUCUUCUGCCUCGGGACAAUUACAACCUCCUCAGUUACAUCUGCCGGUUCCUCCAUGAAGUCCAGCAGAGUUCUGCCACCAACAAGAUGAGUGUGGAGAAUCUGGCGACAGUGUUUGGAGUGAAUCUCAUCAGACCAAAGAUUGAAGACCCUGCCACCAUUAUGAGAGGCACUCCUCAAAUCCAGAAGGUGAUGUCAACCAUGAUCAGCGACCAUGCAAAGCUCUUACCCAUAUCGAAAGACAUAGCACCUGCUUCGCCUCUGCAGAACAGCGACUCCAAUAAAUCUCCAAUUCCUCGCAGCUCCGUCGGCUGGGAUGCUGCCCAGAGGCCACUCAUGGCCAGGGCGGGGAACAGGACUCUCCUGCGGCAAAUCAAAGACAACCCUGACGUCUCCAUCUCUGAAUCGGCUGCCAGGUCAGCUCAGUCGGCAGAAGGUAACGGGGAGAUGCAGCCCAGCGAUGUUCUGGGGACAUGGACAGAAGAGCCCCGGAAAAGGACUCAGACACUACCGAGCAGGAAAUGCUUUUCUUUCCUUUCCUCCAACAGAGGGAACCAAAGCACAGAUGGAAAUGAGAUUUUCAACAGUGAAUUUUGGUCCUCACCUUCCCCUUCCCCAGCCGGCUUGCAGCCUGUUUCUUCUACAGCUGCCCACAAAAGGACGCUCUCGGGGGGACUGUCCAAGUGGUUCAGUCUCCCACAGGCUUCCAACUCCCACACCCUCAGUGGUUCAGCGCUGGAAACGAGGAAGGAGGCCCACGAUGAGAGGCCAUUGGACCAGAUUAGUGAAAUUUCAGGACAGGGUUCCCCAAUACAUGACAUUCCUCAUCCUGGGCAAAACGGGGCAGUGGUUGCAAACCCCAGUCCUGAAAGCAGGAGCUGCCAUUCAGAGGACCCCGAGGUCCUUCGGAAGAUGAUUGCGGAGCUUAAGGAGGAGAUGGAGUCACAGAAAAAGGACUACGAAGAGCAAAUUAGGAGCCUCGAGAAGGAGAACUAUGAGGUCUGGGCCAAAGUGGUAAAGCUGAACAAAGAGAUCGAGAAAGAAAAGAAUAGGUUUGCUGAGCUGGAGAGUAAGCUUCAGGGCGUCGAGCGUUCCCAGGCUGACGUUGAAAAGAAGAACAAACUUCUGGAGAACUCCAUUAAGUCCAUGAUCCAAUCUGCAACGAAAAGUGACUAAGGGAAAGGGCCGCUCAUUCUGAACAGAAACUAGCCGUGCUCCUUGCAGGGCAGGGGGGCGGUCGGUCAGAGGCUUUUUCAAGCACCGUGCCUGCCUUUCUUUCAAUGGCCUGUUGUGCUGGGUCAUGAGUCAGGCCUGGUGGAGACUGGUGAGUCCCAGGCAGCUGAUAGAUGCUCUUAGUAUAUGCUGGAGAGCUGCAGGCUGCAACCUCCUCCCACGCCCAACUCUCUUUGCAGUAAUAGCACAGCCGCCUCAGGCCAUUUUCCUUCCUGACCCCCAUUGAUUAAACAUCCCGUUCUUGUGGCCAAAUCGCAAGAGCUGCCACACACACCCCCCCAGCAUUCUUUCACUUGCUGGCUUUUUUUGUGUGUUUUCAUUCCAUGUUAUAUUUAUUUUGCCAGCCCUCCUUUUAAUCCUGCUUGGCAAUCUUGAUUGCAGGACCAGGCAUCGGGUUCCCCUACCCCAACUCAUGCAAAUGAGAGACCAACGAGGCUGGUUUUUUGGGGGUUAUUGAAUACAGAUGAAAGAGGAUUGGCUUAAGCAUGGGGCAAUCAAAAUACUUACAGCCCGCCCGCUGGAAGUGAUGCGUGGUCAAUCCAGACGGGGGUUCCUAAGACUUACAUCAAAUAGGGUGGCCCCCGAAGGGACCGCCAUCUGGGGGAGUGCCUUCGGUCCUGGCCCCCCCUGGGCAUGUGGACAUAGCCACUCCCCAUGAAUCUCUUUAACGGGAUACCCCAGCGUUUGGAGGGGCAGGCAGAAACUACAACCUCCCUUCCAUCCAAAACAAAGGAUUGCCCCAAUGCCCAAUCAGUUGUGACGAUUGCUAUGAGGUAGGCAAAACCAGUGGGUCAGUGUCAAUUAGCCCGGUGGGCAAAUUCCUACCCGACCCCUUAAAGAACGAUGACCACCGUAGCCACAGCAAAGCCAUUGACUAUCAGCUUAAACCAAGUGUGGGUGGGCAGGAAAGAAACCUGGCGAAGGAACAAACAGGUACAGUGGUGCCUCGCAAGACGAAUUUAAUUUCGUUCCACGAGUCAAUUCGUUUUGCGAAAAAUUCGUCUUGCGAAUCGUGGUUUCCCAUAGGAAUGCAUUGAAAUUUCUUUUUUUUGCCCAUAGGAACGCAUUAAUUAAAUUUCAAUGCGUUCCUAUGGGAAACCGCGAUUCGCAAGACGAAUUUUUCGCAAAACGGAUUCAUCUUGUGAGUCACCAUCAGAUCCCAAAACGCAUUCGUCUUCCGAAAAAUUCGUCUUGCAGGGCAUUCGUCUUGCGAGGUACCACUGUAGUGCCCCAGGUGUGGGCUGCUUAAAUGGGCAAGGGGCGGAUCCAAGGGAAGCCUACCCGCUCUGUUGGCUCUGCCCCUGGCAGAAUUGUAGAGCUGAAAGGGACACAACCUCUGUGCAACCUCUGUGACGGUGGCCUUGUGAGUCCAACAAUUUAUUUCCCAUUCUAAUUUUGGUGCUGGCCACCCUGUUGCAUGUCCCCUCCCAACCAACAACUUUGCCUGGGAGCCGUAUCAAUCCAGUUAGCUGUUGCCUUCUUGGGUUUGAUGGUACGUUCUAUUUUAUACUCACUGGCUGUGGCCAAUGGUGUCUGAAGUCCAAAACCUCUGGCGCUUGGGGAAAGACGGCCCUGGAAUGAAGGAACCCUACAGAAACUUGACACUGAAAAGACUUUGUCUACUUUCACACUUUGGUGUUUUGUUUAGAGCUGAAAUGAAACAAAAUGUUGCCUAGUCGUCAGAUGAGCAAAUAUUACACACCUGAACACAGUGUAUUGAACCUUUACACCCAACCCUUGAACAGUAUCUUUUUUAAAAUGAAGAAAUGUGUGUGUGAAAAUGUCCAGUUGUUGCAAGCACUGGAGGGCUGGCUGGAUAGCUUUAAGAUAUUAAGCAGCCCAAAAGUGUGGAUCAAGGUUCUAGUCCUGUGGGAGUCUGGUGGAGACACAAAACUGCUGAAGUGAAGAAGAGAUCUAACCUCAAAGUGGUUUCCUCCUAUGCUGGAAGAAAUACUGGCACAUAAAAUGAUGGUUUCAUCUCUGUAUAAAGUCUCUGACAUUUUGUGUUCAAACAGUUCCUGAAAUGCUCUACUCUUGAGCUGAGAAAUGGGGUGGGAGCAGGACACCAUUUCACUGAGGGAGGAGAAAUUCUGCAACAGCCUCACAAGCUUCAGGCUCACAAUUUGAAUUUCUUUCUUUUUCUUUUACUAAGGUUUUUCCAGUGGCAGCUAACAUAAUAAAAUUAAAAUAGAACAAUAGAACAACUUAUUAAAACAAACAAAGCAGGGUAAAGGUAAAGGGACCCCUGACCAUCAGGUCUAGUUGUGUCCGACUCUGGGGUUGCGGCGCUCAUCUCGCUUUAUUGGCCGAGGGAGGCGGCAUACAGCUUCCCGGUCAUGUGGCCAGCAUGACAAAGCCGCUUCUGGCGAACCAGAGCAGCGCAUGGAAACGCCGUUUACCUUCCCGCUGUAGCGGUACCUAUUUAUCUACUUGCACUUUGACGUGCUUUCGAACUGUUAGGUUGGCAGGAGCAGGGACCGAGCAACGGGAGCUCA